AUGCUAAAAUUUCUAUUCACAUCCAAGCUCCCUUUAAGAUUAUUUAAAAGGAGCAUAGCAUGCUUCUCAUAACAAUCAGCUUAUAAGGAAUAGGAGUAUCUCUCUGAUGGAGAAAUUGACUAUGAGUCUAAGACUCUUCUCAGUAAAUUUGAGGUGUAUUAACAUUUUGUAAAUGCAUAAACAACCGAGGAAGUUAUUAAGGCUUUCAAAGAUAAUAAUUUAUCAUACGAAUAGGUUCAUUUUGCAGCAUUUUAAUUGAUGAACAUUGUUACAGAUAAGCAUUAUCUACAUGAUAGUUAAUUAGAUGCUUUUGUAUAAGAAACAAUCAUACCUAAUUUUGAGAAAUUGAAUUCAGAACAAUGUGUUACAGUCAUUUAACUAUUUUUGAAAUUGUAAACUAAAUCCUAUAGCAUUAAAAUCAAGAGACACAUAGAUUAGAACUUGAAAAACUAUACAUAUCUGUAAUUGCCCUAUGUAUUUUCAUUUUACUCUAAACAAGGAUGGAAAAUGGCACACAUUGGUAAAAUAUUAACACAGUGCUUGCCAACACAGGCUUUCACUGCUCAUUCAUUAUGUUAAAUAAUUAGGGGUUGCUAUAUUGAAUAUAGCACUUUCAAAUCAACUUAACAUUCAGAUUUGGCUUACUUAGCUUGUCACUAAUUAAUUAACCUUAUAGACAAUAUAAAUUUUCAUGGUUUAGUGGCCGUAUUUAAUUAACUAGCAAGAAUGCACUUUGAUUAGACUUCAUUUUACAAAAGACUGCCAGAAGUUAUUUACAUACUCAAAGAAAAGUUCAUUGAAAACUUUGAUAAAAUCUCAUAGUAUUCAAAACUGAAACUCUUAGAAGCAUACUCUGAACUUCCAGAAUCAUUCCCCAAUGAGUUAUUUCUAAAAUUAUUAUAAUCCUUCGAAUCAGAUAAUUUAACUAAUGCCAAUCAAUUGAAGUUAUAUGUCCUUUUAAAGAUUCAGAAACAAAAAAAUAAACCAUCAACUGAAGUUCUUCAAAUGCUAAUAAGUAAGAUUAAUUUUGAAAAUAUUAUUGAGACUGCCUUUCUGAUAAAAUUUCUCGAUGUUGAAUUUGAAGAUUAAUACUAAAACAUCAUCAGUUUGUGUAUAAAAACUCUAAAAAGGAACUAUAACUCUUUAAGUAUAAAAUAAAAAGCUGACUGCAUAAAGGUAAUCAUAAAGUAAAAUAGAUUAAAUGAAAUUUUUGAACUAAAUUAACUCAAUGACACUUUACUUUUCAAAAUCAUUGAAUCUAUGCAUUAUUGUCAUAAAUAUAUUGAGAAUUGCAGAUUUAAUCAACAAAAAAAAAAUAUCAAAGAAUGUGUUAAAUCUUUUUUCAAGUAAGUAGGAAAUCAAGAUUAUGAACUAUAACUAAAAAUUGCAUCCUUAAUACUUACUUUAGAUCCCUAUUAGGAUGAUCCUUUCUAUGAAUUUAUUAAUAAACACAUCAAAUUAGAAUCACUACCAGACUCCUAUUUCUAUAUUUUCUUUAUGAGAUUAAAUAGCAAAUAUCAUUUUAAUUAGGAAGUGAGAACAAGAACUGAACAACUUCUUCCUACCUUUGAUCAAUUACAAAAAAUCAUAAAUGAAAUCACCAAUAUUGAUUUCGCAAAUGAUAAAUUGGUGAAACAAAUAGCCAAAAGUUUUAUCACUUUAACUGAGAGAAAUUGUGUUGUAAAAUCUUUUAAUAUUAAUGUAUCGUUAAAUCUGUUGUUUACACUCAUUAUUAAUUGUCCUUAUCAUUCACUUCAUAAUAUGAGAGGGACUGUCUUACAAUCAAUUAGAGAAUUAAUAGAAUUAUUUACUAAACUAGCUAAUUACACUCAACAGAAGAUUGAAAUCAACAUAGAAUUGCUAAUAAAAUUUCAUCAAUUGCUUUAAUAAUUAGAAUUAAGAACAAAUAUAAUAAGUAAUAUCUGUUAAUAACUUUGCAAAUAAAUUGGAAGCUUGAGCGACUUAGAGAAAUUAUAAGUAGCAACUAUAAUCACUGAAAUUAAUGUCAAUCAAUUUCAGAUUACUCCUACUAUGAGUAAUUUUUUGAAUUCAGCUAUUGCAGUGAAGAUGGAUACUUAUUAUGCUAUUUUAAUUAAAACAAAAUUGCUAUUCUUUUAAAUCAAAAAUUAAGCAAGAUUACAAUAGAAACAAGAUGAAGUCUAAUUAAAUUUAAUGAUAGAUCAAUUGAAAUAGGAGAUCAUAAAAUUGGAUUUAACAAAAUAACAAGAACAUUAUAUAGAUGGUUUGAUGAUUUUGAUGGAAUAUGAUGGUUGGAGAUUCAAUAAUUUAAAAUAUGAAGAAGAUGGCUUAAAAGACUUUAUCGAAUUAUAAUUUAAUAAUAUCGAUCACCUAUUAACCAUGAAUAAUAUGAGACCAGGGUUGAAAGCUAUUCUGAAGACUAUAGGAUAGUUUGAUUCAAAAUAUCAAUUUAUUAGAAACUAUGAAAAUGUGUUUAAGAAAAUGCUAUUAAAAUGUCAUAAUAUAAGGAAUCAUGAGAUACCUUCAAUUCCUAUUUGUUUGGAAUACAUUGAAUUUUCAAAGAAAAUCAAACUUAAUAAUGAUGACACUAUUUAAAUCCUAACUGAAUUCAUUAAAAGACAAAUAGACAAUGUAAAAUAAAUCUAAAUUGUAGAAAUUCUACAAAAUCUAUCUGAAUAAAGAGUCUAUGUUGAAUCAUUAUUUGAUGGAUUGAGCAAGCAAAUCUCAAGGAAAGUGUAAUUUUAUAGUGGUUUUGAAUUGAUAGAUAUUCUUAACUCUUAUGCCAAAAUUGGAUACUUUAAUGAGUCAUUAAUAUUGACUAUUUUAGAUAAGAUAUAAAUUGAAUAGAGACUUUCAGUGAAUCCUAUGGCAUAUGUUUAGACUCUAUGGAGUGUACUGAUUAGUUUAUAAUACUUAAAGAAAUAAUAGAAAAAGAAUUAUUUUGUUAAAUAUGAAAAAUUGAUUGUCAAUCUAAUGAAUGAAGUGUCCAAAUUUCCAAAUCUCCCUACGAAUACUAAGAUGCCAGUCAUUUUUCGUCAGUUUAUGGAUAUCUACAAUCUCCUAGAAUUUAGUAUGCAUUUAGAUUUAUAAUUAAAUUAGAAGCAACAGUAGUUGGCAAAAUAAAUUAUUGAAAAUGGAAAAAAAAUAGUUAAUACAAAAUUAAUUCCUAAUUAAAAAUUAAAUUAAUCAAUCAAAAGCCUUAUGCAAUAUCUUGAUAAAUCUUAGAUCGAGUAUAAAGUAAAUUAUUACUUUGACAACCAGUAUGUUGAUUUCUAUAUUUAAAUGAGAAAUCACAUCAUAUCGAUAGAUAAUUCAUUAUAUGUUACAUAUGAUAUGAAACAUUACACUGGUUUUCAUUAUUUUAAUAAAUGGAUUCUUGAAGGGGCCUCUAAAAAAUAUGAUUUAAAGGAAAUUCGAAUCAAUGCGAAUGAAUGGAAUUAAAUGAAUGAUGAUGAGAGAAGAAAGAUCUUGUUAAUGUGA